CGAGGCCACGCCCAUUAUUAUGGCGCUUCCGGACUGGACCGUGUGUUUACUUGGUGUCGCUGCGUCGAUUUGUGGGGGCUUUUACAUAUACAGACUUCUCAGAAAUCCUGCGAAAACCACAUGGAAAAGAGGUCUUGUUGCGGAAUUGAUGGCGCGCACAGAGAGACCGCUGUUUUGGAUAGCGUAUUCUCUAUACACACGGACCAAACUUGGCUACAUGUUUUACAAACGCCAGAUGAGAAAAGCAAGAGAGAAGUUCCCAAGUGGUCACUCAAGAACUGAGCCUACAAUAGUAAAUGGUAUCAAGAUCAUUCCAUUACCCAUCCUGUCUGACAACUACAGCUAUGUGAUCAUUGACACAGCUUCGGACCUUGCCGUGGUGGUGGACCCUGCCGAUCCUCGCUCUGUCCAGAGUUGUCUGGACGAGGAAGGGGUGACAUUAGAAGCCAUACUUUGCACACACAAACACUGGGACCACAGUGGAGGAAACCGAGCUCUAAAAAGGCACCACAGCUCAUGUAGGGUGUAUGGAAAUGCUAUGGAUAACAUCCCUGGUCUUACACACCCUGUAACAGACAAAGAUGUCAUAGAUGUUGGGACACGGCUACAGUUUAGGGCUUUCUAUACCCCUGGUCAUACUGUGGGGCACAUGAUCUACCUCCUGGAUGGCAGACUUUUUGGUGGUCCCAGCAGCCUCUUCUCAGGAGAUCUGCUCUUCCUCUCAGGUUGUGGGCGAAUGUUUGAAGGAACUGCUUCAACGAUGUUAUCAUCACUGGACACAGUUAGCUCACUGAAUGACGACGCACUGCUCUGGCCUGGGCAUGAGUAUGCUGAAGAUAACCUGCUGUUUGCUGCAGAGGUGGAGCCUGGUAAUGUGGCACGUGAACAGAAGUUACAGUGGGUCUUACAACAACGAGGUCAACAACUGUGCACAAGCCCAUCUACUCUGGAAGAAGAGAAGCAGUACAAUCCAUUUUUGAGGAGCCAUGCUCUGGAUCUUCAUCAAGCUCUGGGCUUGCAGCAGAACCAUGAUGAAGACUGGACUUCUUAUAGGGCUCGGGUUUUAGAGGAGUUACGCAGACGGAAGGACAUUUACAAGGGCCGUUGAACACAUUCCAAUUGGCCCUGUUGUAUUUCUCACGCACAGUGCCUGCUAUUGCUCCAUAAGGAGACCACGCACAGAAAUGUAGACUGUGAAGUAAAAUGUAAAAUACCCUGAUACUAAGAUGUAGAGCAUUAUUGAGAUAGAUGUGAUUAAAUAUAACUAUGUGUGAAGUUUUUUUCAGAUAUUGUAGUGAUUUAGUGAAUAGAGAGGUUUCUAGUCUAACCUAGAUUAGAUUGUAUAUUUAAACUACAUAAACCGUAAACAUUACUAGCUUUGCACAGAACAGACUGGUUUAUUUUUUUUUUAAAUGUCCAAAUGAACAAAUUUAUAUCACUAUUCGGCAUCAUGUAUUAUGUAUAUCUACUUUCAUACUUCUGAAAUUCACAGGCCAUUUCAUUAUGAAUACCUACAGUGAUGUAUACACUUAUUGUUAGGCACAAUUGGUUGGACUCUAGUCUCCAGGCAGUAUGUUCAAAUUGGAAGACUGUUAUAGUGCCAUGUCAUGGUGAUGCACACCUUUUUCCAAAGGUUAUAACAGCUUCCACUCGUCUGGAGUAGCUUUUGACUGGAAAUAAUCGGUAUUCACUGGAAUUGAGGUCAGGGCUCUGAGCAGGUCAAUGGAGUUCCUCCACACCAAGCAUAAACCCACAUGAAAACCAUUUGUGACUGGACUUCAUAUUGUGCACAGUGGCACAGUCAUGAUGGAACAGGAAACAAAAUUGUUUAUAAUGGCUAUUUUUGAUUUAGCAUUAACAUUAACUGCAACUAAUAUUAACAACCUUACUGGAACUAAGGCACCUAGUCUAAACACUGAAAAACAGUCCCAGAAUAUUUUGCUUCCUCCACCAACCUUUACUGUUGGUGCUAUCCAUUCCUGAUAGAGAGACUUCCAGGUAGCGAAGGGUGAAUUGAACAUGUUUCAAUUGUUCCAGAGUACAGUGACUGUGUGCUAUAAGCCACUCUAGAUAACUGGCAUUGUGUAAUAGUGUGUACAGCUGUUUGGCUAUGGAAACCCAUUUCUUGAAGCCCUGGAGCACUUGGAAUUACCUGCCUAUGCUUUUGUUGAUUUUGCAUGCUUCAUUUUCACCAUAACAGCCUUGACAGCUGAUCAGGACAGAUCUAGCAAGGCUGGAAUUUCAUUUACUGACUUGUGAUUAAGGCGUCAUCCUAUGGCAGUGGAUUGUUUAAAGCAAUUUUGUUACAACACAUUUUACUUCCAAUUUUUGAUUUUAUGCACCUGUUAGCAAUAAGUGUUUAAAACACCAAAAAAAAACAAUAAUGAGGUGGGCUUUUGGCUAUAUUGUGUAACUGUAGACCUGCUCCUAUAGGGUAGGUCUUAAAAUGACUGUUUUGUGCAACGCUAACUUAGUACUAUAACCAGUGUAAAAUGAGAUGUACUGUAGUGAUUUUAAUAAUGAGUCUUUUGAACAA